CGGCACAGUUCUCUUAUAUUUAACGUAGGCUAAUAGAGAAUCAAUUUCUCAGAAAUCUUGUAGGUCAUGUGAUUGCUCUAUGCAAACUCGCUGACGUGUCAGUUGUUGAUUUGAAGGGGCCACGAUACUUGAUUUUAGUUAACGACAUGUAUAAAUAAAAACAUGGCGAAGCAUUUACAUAAACCCUAAAUGGGUAUAUGAAGGAAAAGGUCCAUGAUGGGUGGAGUUUCACUUUUUAGAGUAAAAACCGGCUGCGUAUUCAAGCUAGAAGCUACAAGCUACACCUGUUUAUACACUGCUAGAUCUCCUUAUAGCCGCAGUGCCUCAUUGAACGUUGUGGAGAUCAGCAGCAGCAACAAGCCAACGACAGUGAAACCAGUUUACCAAUCGCCUGGCAACCAUCAAGCGACUAAAGGCAAUAGCUUUGUGUAGCACGAAAUCAAUGAGAACCAUCUCUGGAAAACCGGCUAGCAAUCCAACUAACUCAAGGCCAAUUUAUUUUGGAACAUUCGACUUGACAAGAUCUAAGCUCCCCAAUAAGUUUAAUUGUAGUUUUUAAGGGAUUAAGUGCGCCGUAUUCACACUCUACAACUGACUGACACGUGAAAACAUCCAAGCAUUCUGGUACUUUCACCCAGUCCCCGAGGUCACCCGUUUUUCUGAAAAAUUUCACUGUGAAAUUAUAUUACACGCCGAAAAGAAAACUCAUUAACCAUUUAAGCAUGGGUAACAUUCUACUAUGCUGAAAGCUCUGUACCAGUUAAAUUCUGAACCUGUUGUUCUCUUGAAGAAAAUUGAGAAAUGUGUGAAGAACAAAUUACCAGAUUGUACAGCUAAUAUUGAUAGAGAUGCCAUGCAGCGAUAUCAAAUUGUCAAGAAAUCCCCUGAUCCCAGAGAUCAUAGUUCUAGUUCACUCAAUUUAAAGAUUAAUCUGACAGGGGGUGUACCCACUUGUCUCAAAAGAAAAGCAUCAUUGGAAGAUGCAUUCACAGAAGCUGAUGCUGUCUAUGAAACCCAUAAGAAGCUAAAAAAAGAUGAAAGUGUUGAUUCAGACAGUUCGAAAAAGAGGUCAAAACAUCAUCAAGGAGAAAAGCAGGAAUUUGACAAAAAAACUAAGGGAUCCGAAACGAGCGAUAAAGAGAAAGGAAAAACAAAGAAAAAGUUGGAAAAAGAAAAAUUUAAAUCUUCAAAAUGUGAACCUAGUUCAGAAACGAAUGUAGCUGCAAAAUCUGGCCAUCACACUGAAACGGGUGGAAGCGGUUUAUCUUCAUCGGAACUUCAAACCAAGCAUUCUCAGAAAAAAGAUAGAAAGCACGAAAGGAAGAAGAAGAAAUCGAAAGAGAAGUCGAAAGACGGCAGCAAAUGCCCUUUGGAUAUUCCUACGCCAGAAAGCAAGAAGCAAUCUGAUAAUGGCGAAGACGUUGAUGGUAGUGAAGAAACCGUCGCGAUAGACAAAGGUGGGGAAGUUUCCGUUUCUAUUCCCAAGCCCGCUUCUGCUGAUGAGGAUAUCACAGAUGAAGAAGUGUUUGAAGAGCCAAAAGAAGUUAUUGAUGCACUAGUGGAAGAUGAACAGAAUUGCGAUCUUCCCCGUAGUGAUUCUGCCGCAACAGUUGCCCUUGAUAUGGAUAUGGAUAGACGGAGCGUUAAUAGUGCUACCGACGACGUAGAACCCGAAUUUGUUAAUCUUGCAUCGCCAGAUAAAACAAACACAACGGCUGACGACACAUUCCCCUUAAAUGAUGCUACAGAGAAUGAAAUGGACGUUACAUUAGAACGCUCACCUGAAAUCGGCUCGUCCCAUAAAGUUUGUGAAGAGGAACUACCCGAAGAAACCAAAGAAACAGAAGAUGGAGUAGAAAACAAAUUUUCUGUGCCGACCGAUCAUGAUAUAAUUGGAGAACCCAGCAGCAAUCAUACUAGCCAAUCGCAAAAUGAUGUUGAAGAUAUCUCUCCGCCCGCUUCUGUAAACCGGGAAAGCGUAGAUGACACACAACGUUCAUCGGUGGUCGACAGUAGCCUCACAGAAACGACCAAUGUAACAGCUUUAAUUACAUCAAAAAGCGAAACAGAAACUUUACAAAAUUCUGAAGUAGAUGGUUCCACCCUAAUGGAAGUUGAGAAACCAGAAAAUGACCUAAUCGACAGAGUAGAAGAUCAGAUAAUUCCACGAGAAGGUUUAGAAGAAAGCGCUAUUUGCGCAUCACCUGCUGCAUCUGAACAGGGAGUUGAAGUAGUUCCUGAAACAGCAAUCCCUAGUUCGCCUGUGUCUGCUAAUCUCGAGACGGAGCCAGAAGUCAUAUUGCCAAUUAUUGGAGACAAAGAUAAUGAAAAUAGUUCGGAUGAAAAUUUUUUGCCGGCUAAGAAGAUGUGCUGCAUGCCGAUCGAUGUCCCAACUGAGCAGCUUGAUCAGCAAGAAUCGCAAAUCGGAUUGGAGAAAAUAGAGAUCGAAUCCGCAUUGUCAGCAAUUAUUGCUGAGCGUAAAACGUUGGGCAAAGAACUGCGGCUACUUCUACUCAAGUCUAAAGAAUUGGAAGAAGAAUUAACCGUGAAAAAUACUGCCAUAUCUGCGGACGUCAUUUUGGUUGAAACACUGUCAGACGCAGUCAAUGUUGCGCGUGAAGAACGCAACCGACUAGCGGCGGAUAAGAAAAGGACUCAUCACAUGGUUCUUCAAACUGAAAUCAAGCUUAGGGAGCUACAAGUGCUGUUGAUCCGACAGCAGCUUGAUUUGGGUGACACUAAGCUUGUCGAAUCACAUCCAUUGUUUAAUGAUAUGAGUGACAAUGAAAAGCUCGUUGCUGAUCUAACAGAGCAGGUGGCAAAUAAGUCAGCUACGCAUAAGGAGACAGAAGCAAUUCAUCAAAAAGCCGAACAGGUUUUCCGACAGAAAAAUGAAGAACACGAAACACUUGUGAAACGUUUGGAAGAGGCUCGUCAAAUGUGCCAAGAGUUGAAUGAACACCUAAGCAAAGUUACCUCUGAAAUUGAAAAUAUCAAGUCCAAAUUGAGUGAACUUGCAGACGAUGGAAAGGGGAAAUGUCUACGGAUUGUUGACAUUGAAGAGGAGUCCAUCAAAAUUGAAUGCUGUAAGAAACUGAAAGAAAUUGAAGUGAAAAGACAGAAUAUUGCAGUCAUAGACGACAACAUGGAAUUUGAAUAUUUGAUUCCUAAACUGUGUCAGUUGCUUCCAAUUAAAAUCCAAGAAGAAAAAAAAGAAGAAACUGCGUCGAAACCUGCCACGCAGCCGGAGAAUUCUGCAUUAGAUAAUCCAAGUUCACCUGAUUCAAGACAAUCUCCUCGUCAGUUUCCGUUUGCACAACAGUUGCCAACUACGGUACCACCAGUGACAGUUGCUGAAUCAUUAUCAAACUUAUUGAUAGAAGAUACAGGGUCAACAUAUCAUAUCAUAGAGACUGUUGCUGUUUCUUCAGAAGUGCAAUCUCCUGUCGUUAUGGAAACUGAUUUUUCACCUCAGACUCAGCCAAUGUGUUUGAGAAUACCGAGUACAUCAGUUGCUGGUGGUAGUCCCACUUUAUCUAACGUAACAACCACGACACUUGGAUCGCCAUCCAUCAUUCAGUCUACGCCAUCCAGCAAUCCUAUUGCUCUCCGAGUAGAAAACUUGACCAAUCCUGAACCUACUCAAGCAUCUACUAGCCAAAAUAUAACUCCAGCUUCGUUCGCUCUGUCUCCACACCCUAUUUCCUUGAAGUCUUUAAGUGAAGCUUACCCCUUCUAUGCCCAGUUUAUUAAUCCAAACAGUCCAACGGCUAAUUCGGAUGAUGAAGCGAUUCUGUAUCAAGAAAUUGUGAACGGCUGUCGCAAUUUUACCCACUGGAAAUGCAGUUAUUCCUGUUCAAAGGAUUUUUCUAACAUUGCCCGUGAUAACCCAUUGUUGCGCCAAAGUGCUGGGAUAAUGAAAGAUUACCUUAUACCUUUCUAUCGGCUAAUGCUUAAGAAGAAUACUACGGCCGCUCUACUGUUCGAUUCGAUCAUUCAUCAAGCUCAAAAAGCUAAUUGGUACGGAAUGGCAGCCGUGGAUUCAACUUAUAUGAAGCAAAUGUUAGAAAACAACCUGCGAUCCGCUAUUGACAUUGGGACAAAGUAUAAAGAUCAGUCAGCUAUACUUCCGUCUCGCGUAGAAUUUUCCCCCUCAUCGGGGAAAUCAUCGAUGCCGACUUUUACGAUCCAUCUAGCUACUCCAGAAGCAUUCCGAUCUCCAACAUUGGCAAACCAAAUGCAAGCUAGUAAUCAAAAUUCAGUCGAACGUUCAUCAGCCGACCGGACUCCAGUUAACACUGUUACGCAAGGCGAUCAUUCGCCCAUCGGUGCGCUGAAUACAAUGAUCACCAAUCAAAAUCGUCAGGUUAAUCAGCAGACGCCUGGUCCUACACAACACAGCCCAAACACUGUUGCCAUGGAGGGACAUCCCGGUAUGCCACGUCAAGGAUGGACUGGCAACUCCGUGAAUAACGGAAUGGUUGCAUAUCAGUCAACUGUAGUGCAAAAUACUGCUGUUGUUGUACCUAUAAUUAACGCACAGUACACAGGUAGACAUCGCAUGCCGGCGGUUCAGCAAACAGUUCCACCACCACAUUCUACUUGGCCACAACAAACUGCACAGCAAACUGCACACCAAGCAUACGUUCAAAACCUGCAGUCUAAUCGGAUGCAAGCACCCGUCAAUUAUCAAGCUGGGCCUUAUCGACAGCAGCAACAGGCGACACUACAACACCAGUACAUGCACCCUAAUGGUUCGCAACAGUCAUUGGGCUCAUCUCAGCAACUUCACAAUCGUUUGGCUGGUCCUAUUGCAGGAGACAGUCCCUCGCGCCAGCAAAAUAUGUCCAUUCUUGGAUCGCACCUACAACAAGCACAAGCACCCGUUCAGCAGCAGCGAAUAAGACAACAAUCUUCCUCGCAACAGCUGACAAAUCAGCCGACAGUAUCACAUCACUUGAGCGGAAUGCAACAACAGCAAGUGCCACAUUCACAAGCCCAUUCCUUGCAAAACGCACAACACCAAAUCAUGCAGCAGCAACGCCAUAUGCCCAUGUCUUCGCCGCCAAUUAAUGCUCAAGCGCAAAGACAUUUUCCUGGCCAGCAGUCGGACAUUGCUAGACAGCCUGCCAUUCGUCGACUCUCACGAGAUGUUCCGCAGCCACAGCAACACCCGCUUUACACUUGCCUGAAGUGUGGACAAGAAGCUCAGCAAAAGUGCAGCGGGUGUCAAACCACAUUCUACUGUUCCCGUGACUGUCAGGUUGCGCAUUGGGAUGAACAUGGUAAAACGUGCUCCAAACAGGCUUGACGAGAACGCGAAGGCUUACCAACCAAGACCCUAAAUAGUAUCCUAGUCCUCGGGUGUGAAGGAGUGACAAAAUUGAAUUUUCUGAUGACAAGUGUUGCGUCCUAUCUGUUUUCUAGAAUUUGUUUGAUGCGUUUAAACGUCCUUCGAGUGGCUCAGUUUAAUCUAGCGGUGCUACGUUUCUAAGACAACAGCUGUCAUCAGUAUUAUGCACAAAACAAGGUAGAGCCGUUUUAUUUUUCUCAUGUGUCUUCUGUUCUACACGUCAAAGUUGAACGUUUUAGCAGGUUUUGUUUAUUUGUGAAAUGGAAUGGAAUGUGCCUGUACAAGUGUGUACAUGCUGUUUAGUCAUCGCUGACGGAUAUAAUUUCCUUUUUGUUUUAAUAGAAUUCAGACUUGUCGCUAUUGUAAUUUCAUUUUUUAAUAAAUUUAAAUUGGUGUUGAAAAUACAAUCAGGAUGAUUUUUUGUUAA